AUGCGCCGCUCCGCGGGCGCCGCGCCAGCCCCAGCGGCCGGCGCCGCCCCGCGCCCGUGGUGGCUGCCCGCGCUGCUGCUGUGCUCCGUGGGGCGCGCGGCCCCCUUCUGCGAGGAGGGCAACUGCCGCCGGGGCACCUUCGAUUACGUGGCGCAGCGCUUCUACCAGAGCCGCGUCGGCACGCCAGACUCGCAGCUCGACGGCUUACACCUCACGGUGACUAGCGAACACAUGUUCACAGCGUACCUCGACGAAUCGGCACCGCGCCAGACAGGAGCGCACAUUGUCGGAGAUGCAGGAGUCGUGCUUGGCGACUCCGUGUAUUUCGCCACCUUCGACUUCGACGGGUCGCUCCAGAAAUACAGCUCUUCUUUGAGUUUUCAGGAGGAGCUGCACCUUGGCGGGUACGGCGGCCAAUACUUCUCCGCCGUAGCAAGCCUGGGCUCCAGCCACCUCGUCCUCGGAACUGGCGGGACCCCCGGGCGUAUCCUCACGGUGGAGACGGACCCGGCGAUGCAGUACGUAUCGGCGUUUGCGUGUCCUGCGGAUGUCGGCGGGGUGUUGGGCCUGGCCACGGACGGAACUGCAGUGCUUGUCCUGGUCGGCAGCCCCCCGGCACGGGUGCUGCUGCUCCAGGCCUCUCCGGACGGCAAUCUCACCCUCGAAGACACGCUGACAAUUUCAGACGACGACGAGAUUUCAGCCCCUGUGUCGCCGAAUUUCCUUGAUACGCAAAAUGACAUUGCCUAUGUAGCCACGCGCAAAGGAUGCUUCUUCCGAAUCAAGUAUGCAUCGUGGGAGUUGGAGCUCGACAGUUGGGGGUCGAGUUGCUCCACCCAGGUCUCUGGGCUGUUUGGACUUGCCGCUGACAGCGGGACGCAGAAGGCCGUUGUCAUUUCCGUCUCCCCCUACCGGCAGCUUGCUGUGUUGAGCCUCUCGUCCGGCCUAGUCGAGCAGACCUUGCCACUGUCAAAAGAUCUGGCGUACGUCACUAAUUUAUUCAUCACCAGUCCCGCGUCUGGAAGCGUCGCACAAGCCAUCAUUGUCGGGCAGUCCCGCCGUAGCAUCCCAGCCAUUAUGCAGGUCAAUCUGGGUAGUGGUGACUUGGGCUCCAGCUGGGGCCUAAUCGCUGGUGGCAUCUGCGAUGAGUACUCGUGGACAGAGGACAAGCGAAUUGUGUGGGUUGAGGGCACAGAGCACAGGAGGUACCCAGCGCGGUACUAUGGCUGCAUAUGGGUACCCCUGGGUCGCCAAGCCACGGGCGCGGCAAUCUCCAACGAAAAGCUGUACUUGGCCACUGAGCGCACCCGGUGCACCGUGUGCACCACCGACGAGCCUGUCUUCGGCAGCGACGAGGGCUUCUGCGUGGAGGAGCACGAGGAAUACAGGGCCCCCGCGGCAAAGUGCGGCCAGGAGGCGCACAACACCCGGCCGCUCAUCUGGGAGCGGGCCCUCUCGUACGACCAGCUGCAGCACCUCACCAACCAGCUGUAUGGAGCGGUGAACACGUCCAUCAUGAGUUUCCAGAUCGGCGAAAUACCGAAGAUCGGUGGCAUGUACGCACCCAAAAUCGCGAGCGGAGCGCCUCCUAGCGGGCCCGCGCCCUGGCUGACCGUGGUCGCGCUCGUCGUCAUCCUGGCGCUGCUGCCUGGCGUCGAGGCGACCACAACCAAGAGCUUCCACCAGUCGGAGGAGGGCUGCAACUGCCUGCGGAACUGCGAGAUCUUCGACAUGGGGGACUGCAGCGACGACACCGAGACGAACCGGAGGGCCUUCGAGGAGGCCUGGGCCAAGCUGCCCGACGGCAGCGACAACCUGUGCAAGGCGCUGCAGGCCAUGGCCUUCUGCAGCGUGCGCCAGGCGGAGCUCGACGUCGGCCACGAGGAGGUGGUCCUGUGCCAGGGCAUCGCCAAGCAGAUCGGGUGCGAGGUCGACUGCGGGGGGGCGGCGCGGCGGGGCCGCAGGUGGAUCCUGCCCAGCGCCGUCCUCGUGGCAGUCGCAGCCGCUGCGCUUGCCUGA